GGGAGUUCACAAUUCAGGACACAAUAACUCACAAUCACACGGCCGCUCUCGGUACAGACAGACAUAGAGGAAUGGAAAAGGUUCGGGAAUCUUCGAUUGGUGCAUUUGCAGUACAAUGUGGGAAGUGCGAGAAAUGGAGACUAAUUCCAACCCAAGAAGAGUACGAGGAAAUCAGAGCAAACUUCAUAGAGAAACCGUGGUUCUGUGAUGACCAGUAUAAUGUGGAUUGUGACGAUCCAGCUGACAUAGAGUUAGACAAUACACGAACAUGGGUUAUUGACAAACCUAACCUUCCAAAGUCACCAGCUGGUUUCGAAAGAGGUAUGACUAUAAGAAGUGAUCACCGCAGAUUGGAUGUCUUUUAUAGAGCACCAGGUGGAAAGAAAGUACGAUCACCAGCUGAUGUAGAGAAAUUUCUAGAGACGAAUCCAGAUUACAAAGCUGCUGGAGUUUCCGUGUCAGACUUCAAAUUCAUAUCCCCAAAGAUAAUGGAGAAUACGAUUCCUGAAGGUGUGGUUGGUAGUAGUCAGAAGAGAAUGAAGAUGGAUGAUGAUUUCAUUGAUGACAUGUGAGAGGUGUUUGGGUGAGUUUUGGCAGGUACCAUGUUAUGUCCAUGUGAUUAGCCCAUAGGUGCAUCAAUUCAUCAAAUGAGAUAGUUUCAGGUCAGAUUUAUGUUUGUAUAGCUAGUUUAAUAGAAGGUAUAUGUGAGUCAUGUGACUGUGGUGGUAGAUAUAUAUUACUAUCCUUCAGAGUUUCAAUUCUUCCACCAAUAUGGUGGCGU